AUGGAGGACCUAAUUCAGCUUUCAAAUGAGAAUGAGCAAAUAUUCACGCAAGAGGAUAUCUUGGCCAUAUUCGACCCAAUUUCAUCCUCAGAAUCGUCAUCUUCGGCCGUCUCAACUCCACAGCUUUCUUCCAACAGUUCAAGGCAAAGUUCUAGUCAGCUAUCCGUCUUCAAUCAACCGGUCCCUCCUAUUCCAACGCGAACGCAAUCAACUUUCGUACGCCCUCAAAAUGUUCCCAAGCCACCGAGACGAAGACAAAGUCUUGGCCCAGCAGUAAGGAUGAGAAACACCAGUCAAACGAUCGAGAGAAGAAAUAGGAUAAGCUCAGAUAGAGCCAGUAGCGUUUAUUCAAGGAAAUCUGAAAUGCAAGAGCCCGAUUCUCCCGCUUCUGCGCUCGCUUUCAAAGUCUACUGGUUACGAAACUCGGAGAAAUACAGAUGGACGAAUUCGGAAACGAAUCGUGGAAUCGUUUAUGCGCGGGAGAACUCAAGAAUCAGCCACGCGACGGAAAUCAAGAUUGAACCAUCGUUGAUUACUGAUGAAAAGCUGCAAGCAUUUACGACAGAUAUAAGAAGAUCUGUGGCUGAACUGAUCUUCGACGUGAAUGGGAAGCUCAGAGAUGCUCAAUCAGACCUGUACAAUAAAAACUUCUAUUUGCAAGUCGCUGCAACGAAAGAAAUUCUCCACAAAGAAAGUCGUCUAAAUCGCCUUCAAGUCGUCCGUGAAAUGCUCAAAGUUCAAAGUCCACUGAAGCUCAAAGUAAUAUCCGAAUAUUCCCUCGACACUUCCCUCAUCCGGACUGCUGCUGACGAUGCCUUCUGUGACUCCCCGCCUAUUGAAAUUACACACAAACUCAACACACAAAAUGACCUUGCGAAAAUGGCCGAAAUCGAAAAGCUAGUUGCUCUUUGCAUGGGCGAAUGCGAGAAAUUACAGAAUUGUUCGAUCACCAGCACAGAGCGUCAUUUACAUCUGAUUCAUGUUCAACAAGCAGUAAAAGCACUCAUCAUUCAACUGAACGAAGUUGAGAUUUUCCCCAUUUCUAACGCUUCUAUUAGACUGGCCGCAGCUGUAAAUAAUUCUAGCGGCCCAGAAGAUGUGAAGCUUUCCAUAGACAAGCUUCGAGCAGCAAUAAACGAUUUAGUCCACCUCUACAAAAUCUCCUGGACGGAUCUCGAACACAACAUACCCCACCAGUGCGACCCGUCUAACGAAGUCCACGAUCCCCUUUCUCUUCAAGUCAUCAGUCUUCAUCAAGUUCCAGAAAACUACCUUCAUUCUUUAAAAAUCGAAUAUCUUUGGAUUGCAGUAUCUAUCAUUCGGGGCGAUCGUGCUUCUUGCUGUAGAAAAAGUCAUACAGGAAGAUCGCGUGUAAAAAGAAGCCUCUUUCCCCGAGUUCUUUGGGACCAGCAGCUCACCCUCAACUUUUCCAUUUCCCAACUUCCACUUGACGCAACUCUUUUCAUCGAACUUUAUGGCACCGAAACUGUCAAAACGUCCAAAGAAACGCCCAUCGAACGAGAACACGAACUAUCAUCUGCCAAAAUCCCUCUUUUUGACUUCAAACGACGCCUCUUGAAGGGCGAGAGCCUAUUUCGUCUAGAAAAACUCCACGAAAAAUACCCCGAGCCUAUAAUUUACAUUGAGCUUCCCUACCACUGUAUUCAAUUUCCGGAAAUCGCAAUUAGUUCGCCAGCAAGCAAUCCGAAGGAAUCGCCGGAUUGGCCUCUUGCGUUGAAAUUAUUGCAGUCAACUUAUGAAAAGAAGAAUUUAACGGAUUUAGAGAGGCAGUUGAUUUGGAGAAAUCGGUCAAAUGCGAUGCGAGAUUUGCCGGAGGCUCUUCCUUUUAUUCUCAGAUGUGUCGAUAAUUGGAAUGCUGAGACAUUAUCUGAAGUUUCCGGCCUCCUCUCCAGCUGGCCAACAAUCAAGCCUCUCAUUGCCCUUUCCCUUCUCACGAAAGAGUUCAUGUCCGUGCAGUUCGUCCGUGAUUUCGCUAUCAAAUGUCUCAAACGUGCUAACGAAAGCGUUCUCCUGUCAGUCCUCACGCAGCUUGUUUCCCUAUUGCAGUACGAAAAAACUCAAGACAGCGUUUUGGCCGUGUUUCUUCUCGAGCGCGCUUGGAACUCAAUUAGAAUCACUUUCCACCUCCAUGCAGCGUUGAUAACAGCUGCCGAUCACACUGCAGCGCCGAUUUUCUAUGUGAUGCAAGAUCUUCUAGAGUGGUCCUCAGGCGCUGCGUUGAAAGCAGAAUUGACGAAGACGCAGAAGAUUUUGAACAUUAUUAACUUUAAUGCAUUGAGAAUCAAAGACGACCGAUCCAACUAUCUACAGCAUUUUGAGUCCCUUUGGAAUUCGAUCGCUGAGUUAAGCCCCUUUCGCCUCGCUGAAUUUCCAACAGUAGAAUUUGUCAAUAUUGUCAUAAGCAAAUCGAAGCCAUUUUCAUCAUUUACUGCGCCCUUAUUAUUGACCUUAGAAGCGAAAAACGGAGAACGGUAUUCGUCAAUUUAUAAAAAUGGCGAUGAUCUGCGACAGGAUCAACUUGUUACGUCUCUCUUUCAUAUGAUGGAAAAUUUCUGGCUUUCUCAAGGACUUGAUUUGAGAAUGCUCGGCUACUCUGUUUAUCCAACCGCCAAGAAUUGUGGAUUCAUUGAAAUUGUUCAAAAUUCUGUCACUCUCAGACAGGUUCAAGUUGGCAAUAACCAGAAAGAAAGAUGCCUGCAUGACUGGCUUGCUGGUCAAAGAAACAAUAAAUUUGAACUCAUCGACAAUUUCUCCCGAUCAUGCGCUGCAUAUUCCGUCGCGACUUAUAUUCUCGGCCUUGGGGAUCGACACAAUGACAACAUCAUGAUCACUCGCCGAGGGCACAUGUUCCACAUUGAUUUCAACAAAGCAUUCGGUCAUUAUCAGAAAAUCGGAGGCGUGAUCAACCGAGAUCGAGCCCCAUUUGUCCUUUCCGAUGACAUGGUUCUCGUUAUCAACCACGGAGCGACGAUGGAAACAGGUCGCAAGUUCCCUGCUUUUGUCCAGCAAUGCGCAGAGGCUUACAACAUCGCUAGACAUCAUUGGCGAGAAAUCAUCUCAAUGAUCAUGGUUUCUGCGCCAAUGAAUAUGACAGCGCUAAAAGAGGGAGGAAAUGAAGUACAAGUCGUGUUCGAAAACCUCUCCCCGACAAUUGACGACAUUGCCGCACAAGAAAUGUUCUUCAACCGCGUCAAGAAAUCGUACACGUCGUUUUCCACUCGUCUCAAUUUCUUCAUGCAUACGUUCGCUCAGCUUUUCCAAACAGGUGGCUGGGAUGGAGUUGAACCUCUGCCCGACCCGGUCAAAUACACUGUCCAAGAAGUAGGGCGCCCGAUAGACUUUGAAAUUGAAGGCUUCGAGAUGAAAUUCCGCAAUACAGACAAAUUUUAUUCUUAUCGCCUAAGAGUGCGCUGGCCAAAUCGAACAAGUUUCAUUUUACGCUCCUGGAUUGAAUUCACUCAAAUUCGAUCAGUAAUCGAAAAGUUUCAAAUCGAACGCGGAGGAGAGCCAGUCCCGCCUCUUGGGAAGCUAGAGCUGAGUACAAGAGGUGAUAAGGACUCAGUGGCGAUAGCAAGAAAAUCAGCAAUUUUCGACUUUCUACAGUUUGCCAAUGCCGAGGCACAGGUUCGAGAUCAUCCAGCAACGAUCACCUUUUUGUACGAAGAUGAAAAGCGGCCACCUCCGGUCACAAAAUCCAACAGCAUUCCCACUGGAAGCAGACAAGGCUACAUAAAUAUAAACAUGUUCUUCGAGAAAGAUAACUACCUGAAAAUUUUGGUGAAAAACUGCUUCGACCUUCCAUCGAGCGAAGGAAGAGCACCGGAGAGCUAUGUCAAGGUGUAUAUUCGCGAUGAAAGUGGAAAUAACAUAAAAAGUACGAAGCAAAAAACGACUACGGAGUACUCGCACAAUCCCGUUUUCAACAAAGUCUUUCAUUACGAUUUAGAAGACAUCCCGUCUUUUUUGGAAAAAGAUAUUGAAAUUUCGGUGUGGAAUUACUCUGGAAUUUCCGCCUCGAAUUUCAUGAUUGGCCGCGUAAUUCUUCCUCUCAAGCAGGUCAAGGAAGGAUAUCUUGAGCUUCUCUCGCCCUAA